AUCUAUAUCUACCAUCUACCUACCAUCGACACCAACAAUCUAUAACCAACAAUCUAUAACCAACAAUCUACAAGUCACAUCUACAUCUACAUCUACAAAACCAAUCACCAAAAUGGAAUUCGUCGGGAAACUCGCCGAAAAAUACAUGGAAAAGAAAUCCGGCGACCACGGCGAAUCCCACCAGUCCUACGAAAGCGACUCGCAGUCCCAACCCCGGUACGACGGCGGAUACGGUGCUCCCGCUCCCUCCGGCCCCCCCUCCGGUCAGCAGGACCUGCCCUACCCAUGGACCGCCCGCUGGGAUGACCAGGGUCAGCGCUGGUACUUCGUGAACCAGCAGACUGGGGAGUCGAGCUGGACUCAUCCGGGCUCGUCGUACGGCGGGGGCCAGCCGUCGUAUGGACAGCAGCAGCAGCAGGGUUCUUACGGUGGGGGCGCGCCGGGGUACGGCCAGCAGCAGCAGGCGCCGUAUGGCGGGGGCUACGGGGGCGAGUACCAGAACCAGGGAGAGUACCAGCACCGAUCUGAGGAGUCAUCCGAGAAGAGGAAGAGUGGUGGGAAUGGCAUGCUGUAUGCGGGGUUGGGUGCCGCUGCCGGUGUGGCGGGCGGAGCGCUUGUCAUGCAUGAGUGGGACGAAAACAAGGAGGAGAUUGAGAAGAAUACUGAGGAGUUCCCUGAGAAUGCGGCGGAGUGGACUGGUGAGAAGGUCGGUGAAGCUGAGCAGAUCCCUGAGAAUAUUGAGCAGGGCUGGGACCGUGCCGAAGACCGAGUGGAAGAUGGGUGGGACAACACCGUGGAGAAUGUAGAGAAUGCUCCUGAGAACGCUGCCGAGUGGACUGGCGAGCAGGUCGGCGAGGCUGAAGAAAACUGGGACAAUGCCGAAGACAAGGUGGAAGACGGAUGGGACAACGCAGUGGAAAACGUCGAGGAAGCCCCUGAAGACGUCGCCGAGUGGACAGGAGAGAAGUACGGCGCCGUGGAAUCAUUCGGAGAUGACAUGGGAGAUGCCUACGAUCGGGGUGAAGCCGAAGGCCAGGAGGAUUCGGGUUCGGGUUCGGGCUCGGAUUCGGAUUGAUUGAGGACCAAUUCUAGUGACUAGUUCAAGUUAGGUAGACAAUACCUCAGCGGUUUGGUUUGAGACGAGAUUCUUAAUCGAACGGGGUCAUCCACUCCGUCGGAAUCACAUUCAAAAUUCCCAAUGGAUCGUUGCAUGCAUGACGGUGAUAGAAUCGCAUCGCAUGAAGUG